UUUUGACGCUACGAAUCUGUCCAAGCUGGUUCAGCACUUUCACCGUUUCACCUAUAAAUAAAUAAAUAAGCCCUGAUGCAAGGUCAUCAUUAACAGUAUACGUGAGCAAAUUAAAGAUAUAUUAGUCAUUCACAUAGUAAUCAUCAUUAAUUUCAGAAGCGCCAAUAUAUGAUGCAAGGUAGUGGCGGUUUUAUGAUGCUGACGCUUAAGUCCGGCGGUUUUCCUGUGGAAGUCAACACCCAAAAGCUGAAACGCACUGACAGCAGACAAACGGGCGUGUUCUCUGUGGAAAGGUUCAUCACAUACUCGGUGGUUGGUAAGCAGCGACUCCUUUCAUUGAAGAUAACUAAGGUAAUCAAAGCCGAGAAAGUGAACAUAGUAAAUAUUAGCUUCGCAGAAAAAUCUGGUAAGAGCUCUUUAGCCAAUUUGAAACUGCAGAUAAUAAGAAAUGACAGGUACGGUGUUCUAUGUUUCAUGGACAAUGAAUUAUCUGGGUCGUACGAAUUGCGCAAGAUGAACUAUUGCGUGCCACCUUUGGACACAGAAAUUGUAUGUUACAUUUGUCGUGAGAGCGGUGACAGAAGUUGCUUCACUCUGGAAAAAAGGAAGGCGAACGACUAUAGUAACGUGGUGGAGAGGGUGAAGGGCACGCAUUCCUUUGUCGUUGGUGACGAGACUCUGAAUGUGAAAGUGAAAAUAACAAAUGACAGCAGAGUUGGUUUACGUGUUGAUGUGGAUGGCCCCGUGAAGGUUGCGACGGAUUAUUCGGAAUAUGUCUUGGAGAAAAUCCAGAAGAAGAUUAAUGGUGAGAAUGAGGCUAGUGUCAUGUUACUUUUUAGAAACAGCACCAACCAACCUCGGUGUGAUGUUACGGACUCCGGGAUAUCCUACAGCGCCAACGCCACUGCAAACCUCCGCGUUGAAUUUGGUUUCUCUGACGUCUCUCCCCAUACAUAAUAACCGUGUUAAUAUUUAAUGAUAACAUUUAAUUUUAAAAAUCAUGAAAAUUGUAUGAUUUUAAAGGAGUAGUAUAGAGACAACAGAAAACACAAAUCCUCCAUGAUAUGUUUUGGAGAAGUGAACAAGUUCGAACCUAUUAGCUAUGAUACUAUACUACCAUUAGUAUCCCAAUCUCCUACUAUUAGACUUUCCUAAUGUUUCAUGUUAAAGAGUAAUAAUUAAUAGGUUAAAAUUACUAAUUUGGUAUUUAGUUUCAUGAUUGAUAUAUUUUAGUUCCUAUAGUUAUAUGAUUGAUAUA